GCGAGACAGCAAAGGGGAUGCUAAUCAUAGCCUAUUCUCAUGUUCAAGGGCUUGAGCUGAGCUGGGAGCUCUGGAGUCACACAACAAUCGCUACUUGAUGACGCAGUGAUGAGGUCACAAGGGGGUUCCUCCUUCCCCUCUUACCUGGGCUUCCUCAGAGCUGGACAGAGGAACCAGAGGGAGAAUCCACCUUCCCAAGCACAGCCGUAACAUCCACCUCACUCGACUACUUGUCAAGUUCAAUACCAACACAAAGGGGGCUCAGAAAAUCAAGAAGGAAUGUCGAGUGAUGAUAAAAAUAAACCUAGUGAACCCAAGAAUGAGCCCAAGCACUGUGACCCCAGGUGUGAACAAAAGUGUGAGACUAAAUGCCAGCCCAGCUGUUUAAAGAGGCUGCUGCAACGGUGCACUGAAAAGUGCCCACGAGAAAAGUGCCCAGCACCACCAAAAUGCCCCCCGUGCCCCCCGUGCCCCCUGCCGUGCCCCCUGCCGUGCCCCCCGCCGUGCCCUCCGCCGUCGUGCCCGUGCCCAGCUUCCUCUCCCCCCAAGCCAUGUGCCAAGCCCUGUCCUCCUAAAUGCCCGCCGCCCUGCCCUCCCCCAGAGUGAGGCGCUGAAGACCCCACCCAG